AUGCGAGGAAAUCGAACGAUUCGACUUGACGUUAGUGGUGGAGAAUUUCUGAAUCCCGAGGGCCUUAAAGAGAUAGCUAAAAAUUUGAAACAAGAAAUGGAAACAAAUUCGGAUAUCAUUCUUGGUGACUAUGAAGAUACUUACUUCAAUCUCUCCCUGAAAUCUCAAUAUGUCUUUACUUGGGCUGCAACAUUUUGUCGAAAGAGUCGACCAAUCUUUGUCUUCCUAGACGAUGAUAUACCCUUCUCUGAAAGAUGUUUGAUUCGUAGUCUUCUAGAUCUUAGCCCCAUGGAAAGACAGGAUCUUUACCACGGUAUUCCUAUUCAUCGAAAUAAAGUAUUUCGUUUCGAGGGAACGGCGGAGGACAAGUGGGCUGUAAUCAAAUCAGAAGUACCCUGGCCCAAAUAUCCAUCUUUUCUGCUUGGCUGUUUUCAGUUAAUUAGUUUUGGCAACAUUGAAAAGAUUGCUUUAGGCAUGCUGUUCACCCAAUCCUUUCCCAAUGACGACGCAUGGAUAGGUACAGUUGCAUAUCGACUGGGAAUUGAGCUGAAAUCGGUGAGAAAGAUAUUGCGGAAAUAUAAAAUUCCUUCCCGAAAGUCGGUUAACUUAAAACGCAAGCAUGGAAUAUGUUUCAACUUUCAUAAAUACUAA